CUUGUGGCUGUUGUGAUGCGUAUUCCCGUAGAUCCCAGCACCAGCCGGAGGUUCAGCCCCCCCUCCAGCAGCCUGCAGCCCGGCAAGAUGAGCGAGGUCAGCCCGGUCGUAGUGGCCCAACAGCAGCAGCAACAGCAACAGCAACAACAGCAAGAAGCCGCCGUGCCCCGGCUGCGGCCGCACGAUAACCGCACCAUGGUGGAGAUCAUCGCCGACCACCCGGCCGAGUUGGUCCGCACCGACAGCCCCAACUUCCUGUGCUCCGUGCUGCCCUCGCACUGGCGCUGCAAUAAGACCCUCCCGGUGGCCUUCAAGGUGGUGGCCUUAGGAGAAGUGCCCGAUGGGACCGUGGUCACCGUGAUGGCUGGGAACGACGAGAACUAUUCGGCAGAGCUGCGAAACGCUUCUGCUGUGAUGAAGAACCAGGUGGCCAGAUUCAAUGACCUGCGAUUCGUGGGCAGAAGUGGCAGAGGGAAGAGCUUUACUUUGACAAUAACUGUCCUGACAAAUCCCCCCCAAGUCGCUACAUACCACAGAGCCAUAAAGGUUACGGUGGAUGGGCCGAGGGAGCCAAGAAGGCACAGACAGAAGCUUGAUGACUCUAAACCUAGUUUGUUCCCUGAACGCCUCAGUGAUUUAGGGCGCAUUCCUCAUCCCAGUAUGAGAGUAGGGGUCCCGACCCAGAGCCCACGGCCCUCUCUGAACUCUGCACCAAGUCCUUUUAAUCCACAAGGACAGAGUCAGAUUACAGACCCCAGGCAGGCGCAGUCGUCCCCGCCGUGGUCCUAUGAUCAGUCGUACCCGUCCUACUUGAGCCAGAUGACUUCGCCGUCCAUUCACUCCACAACUCCCCUGUCCUCCACCCGAGGCACAGGACUUCCAGCCAUCACCGACGUGCCCCGACGCCUCUCAGGUGCUUCCGAGCUGGGCCCAUUUUCAGAUCCCAGGCAGUUCACAAGCAUUUCAUCCCUCACUGAGAGCCGCUUCUCCAACCCACGAAUGCACUAUCCAGCCACCUUUACCUAUACACCGCCCGUCACCUCAGGCAUGUCACUGGGUAUGUCCGCAACCACUCACUACCACACCUACCUGCCACCACCCUACCCCGGCUCCUCCCAAAACCAAAGUGGACCUUUCCAGACCAGCAGCACUCCAUAUCUCUACUAUGGCACUUCGUCGGGAUCGUACCAGUUCCCCAUGGUGCCGGGAGGGGACCGCUCCCCUUCCAGGAUGCUUCCUCCGUGCACCACCACGUCCAACGGCAGCACGCUGCUAAACCCAAACUUGCCCAACCAGAGUGACGGUGUGGAGGCGGAUGGCAGCCACAGCAGCUCCCCAACCGUUUUGAAUUCUAGUGGCAGGAUGGAUGAGUCCGUUUGGAGGCCGUACUGAGAUUGCUUCUGCCCAGCCCGACCUCUGCGAGCCAAAAACCCAAACGGUCGACAAACUACGAAGUGCCUGGCUUUUGUUUUACUUUUUUUUCUUAAAAAAAAAAAAAAAAAAGAAAGAAAAAGAAAAAAAAAAGAAAGAAAGAAAAAAAAAAUUGAUAGAUUUUACCAAUGUUUGCAACUGUGUAGAUGGGAUGAUAACGGCCAUAAAUAACACAAGAGUUAACCAACACAGCACCACCCAUGUUUCAGUUUAUUUGGAUCAAAGCUUUUUUUUUUUUUUUUUUCUUGGAACCGUUUUUCCUUCUUUGAUAUUUAAAAUGUACUUUCUACACACACACAAAAAAAAUAAUCACCCCCACUUUCCCACUUUUUUUUUUGUCACAAGCAUGGUAAUGAAUAGUGAGUUCUUUUGCCAAUGAGGAGAGAAUGGACUCCCCAGCUACCAGGACAAACACGGUGAUGCAAGGCAAAGGCUGCGUUCCCUUUCAUUUUUAAAAACUCAUCAUGAAUUCCAGAUACAGUUGCAAUCAUACAACGUAUGGGACCCUGCUCACACACCUAGUGCAAUUCAACUAGCUUGUAUUGGUGCACAUAAGAAGGAAAGCAAAGAUCAAGUUGCUUCCAAUUUACUUUGUCCCAUUCAGAUGAAAAUAGCUGUCCCAAAACUCUGACCGAGCCUUGCUGCAGAUAACAGUUGGAACUUCUCUGUGUUCACUCCUUUUUUGUUUUGUUUUUGGGUACCUAAAGAGAACAAGUCUUCGAGUUAGGCUAGACAGCCCCAGGGUUUCCUUUUUGCUUUUGUAUCCAUUCGUCUUGCCUUCGAUCAGCCAAAAACCAAAAAAGAAAACCAAAACCUUUAAGAACGAAACAUUAUUACUUAUGCAAAAUAUGGAAACGGCAAUAUAUAUUACUAGAGCCAAAAUGGUAUGCAUAGUAUUUGUGUUCAGCUACAUUCUUUUUUAUAUUUUUUUAAAUUAUAAGUGUAUAAAAUUUGAGGUUGUUUGCGAACAUGAAUCAUCAUAUAACUUUAAAAGAAUAUUUAUAAUUAUUUAAUGACAUUUGGACCCUUGAAACGUUUCUUAAUGUAAUGAUAUAUCGACUUCGGUCUCUAAAAGUGGUUUGUUUUUUUUUUGUUUGUUGGCCUUUUAUUUUUAUUUUUUUACAUUUCUACAAUGGUGUGAACCUCAAAACUUGACCCAACUCUGAGAAGCAGUCCCAGUGUGAACCGCUUUACAAGUGACUUACAAACGAAACAAAACCAGCCCAAAUACUUCCACAUCAAAUGACUUCGGAUGUAGGAUCUUCUUCUGUAACUUAUGAAGGAAAUAUUGUGUUCAGAAUAUUUUAUUAGCUGUCAGAUUGCCUUCAACACAGUCUUGCCUUUUGAUCAGCAGUUGUGGAGACACUGGAAAAAGUGGUAGGAAGGAUGAAAUAUUUUCAACCCUUCCCCUGAUUUCUUCCUCUCCCAGGAUUCUCAGAACUUCAAAAUUGGAAAGUGUUCAUAUUUAAAACAUUGUGAUAGCUUGGUUUGAAUUCUGAUAGUUUGUUGGGUUUUUGUUUUUUUUUCCCCAAAGAAAAAUCAAAAUCACAUAGUACAGAACUAACAAGUUGUUGCGUUUCUCAGAAAUGGGAGUAAGGGGGAAUUGGUGCAACCUUUUCUUGCCCUAGAAAUUUUCAACCCUUUCUAUGGAACAAAAAAGUUCGAAGUUGAGAUAGAAGCUUCCCAGCCUGGAAUCACUGAGCACUAGCAUUAAAUGCUGAACUCCUAAAGACGUUGGGUUUACUUUGCCAUACUAGAGAAACAAGCACAAGCUCAGCAAUACUCCGCUCUUCAGACCCGGCGCUGAAGACAGUCACCUUAAGGCCGCCCUGGGGCUCCCAGGCGUGGUACACUGACGCAGGGAGAAUGAAUUUAACCUGUAACCCCCUUAAGCCAACCUGUCUGCUGCCUAAGUGCCUAUUGGAGGUGCACACAUUUUGCCCAGCAGGUUGUUUUUCCCUUGCUUGGUGGGGAUGCCCAAGCCUGGUGUUGGCUUAGCCCUUCAAAAGGGCUGCGACCCUCCCCUUCUGCCCUCAGCACAGCCAUAACCUAUGGUCGGGUUGGUGGUGGGAUUGAUGGCCUUUGAGGUCUUCACCAACCUGAAUGACUCCAAAUCUAAGCAUCCUCCUCAGGGGCCGCGGGCCAUGCUGAUGUUCCUUGGCUGUGCUUGGGCCGCCUCCAGUUUUCGCAGUGAAUCCACAGCAGGCACAGCCACACAGAGCCACGAGGACAACACCAACACCAUCCCUGUUAGUUGAUAGCAAAGCUGUUAAACUACAACUAGUCAUCAUUAGCGUAGUACAUUCCUCCAAUCUGCGUGAUUGCGUGCUCUUAAAAAAAGUCUUUGCCUUCUAAAGGUUGUAUACCAAGUAUGCUUAAAAUAUAAGUAAGACACUUUUUUUUUUUUUUUUCCUAAUAGUUUUCCUUCAAAGAUGGAAGCUGUAAUUGAUUCUAUUUAUUGUUGGUUUGUGGUAGCUUGAAGCAUACCACUGUCCAUUUAUUUGUAACUGUAAAAUACGUUUGUUAGUCUCAGCAGCACUUAAAAAGCCAGUGUCUGGUUACACAUUUCAGUUUUGGUUUUUGUUUAGUAAGCAAGAGAAAAAGAUGUACUGCCAGUGCAAGCUGUUUCCUAUUUAAUAAAAGGUACUAUAUUUGUACAUUAUUUGUUAUUGCUGAGAAGGGCUUUUUAAGGUUUACUGUAUGCAUAUUAAGUAAUUUUUAGGGUGCUUUUGUGUUGAAAUGUUGUUAGAGUGGCUGCAGGCAGCAACCCAGAUUUUUUUUUUUUUAAGACUUUGUUGUAAAAUUCAAGCACUUGGUUUUGUUUCUGGAUAAAUCCAGCACAGACCAGACUUCUGUUUUGCUCAGUACCGACAGCACUCUGCCCAAGCCCCCCAUGGUUUUUAAGGUGGGCGAUAGGGACAGAACGCCUUCUCCACCUGUGUGAGGAGCACAUCCUGACCCCUGCACCCGGCUCCCGCUGCCGUGCAGGCGCUGUCUGCUUGAGCAGAUGGGAAGGAGAGGAUUUUCUAAGCACCUGCUGAUGGAAGAGCACCGGCCCACUGACUUCCGGGAGACCCUCUGCUCCCUGCACCUCGUGGUGCCUCAGGAAAACCUCUCCCACCAUCACAUGGCAGCCGAGGGGGCUGACGCAGAAAUGCACAUCGAAGCCUUUGGAAAGUGCUUCCAAGAUCACUUGGAAAUGCUCUCGAUGCAGGAUUUCAGACCAAAAAAAAAAAAAAAAAGAAAAAGAAAACCAACCAAAAAAGACAGAUGUCAUGUUGUUACCUUACGGGAUUAUUUUGCAAGGUGCUUAGCAUCAACAGAAAGGAGCUUUCUCUCAGAGGUACGACAGCCCUUCCCUUCAACGAGUGCAAUCUUUGGCACUGGCCAUCGAUAACGACAAAAAAUGGCCUUUAUUAUCCUCCGUCUCUUACCCUACCAAAGAUUAACUCCCAGCAGAACAGGCACGAUGGCCCUUUUGCCCAAUGGAGGAUUGAAUCCUCCUCCCCUCCUCGCGCGGCGCGGUGCCGGCGGGUGGGGAUGGAGCGCAGUGCAUCUCCCACCUCCUCUGCACGGCGUUGCUCGUCCCUUUCCGGUGCUGGCUGUGGUGCCAGCAGCCCCGUGCAGGAGGUCCCAGGCAUGGCAGUGCCAUCUCAAGCAGGAGAACUUGUGCACUUUGGAGCUUAGCAAAGCCACGCCACCAGGAGCUGCCGCUGGGCACUGCCAGCAAGCCAUGAACAAAAGCAAUAACCAAACCCAGACCAGCCAUGAGUACGAGAUCAAAGGAGCCCAAUUCUCUGAACCCCAGAAUUUCUUGUUGUUUUUAAAUAUAAUGCAUUUCAUUUUAACAUUUUUUUUCUGAGAACUCUUUUAGAUGUUUGUUUACUUCCAUGUUUACAGAUAACUCUUUGCUUUUUUUUUUUUUUUUUUUUUUUUAAUGCAGUACUUCUAAGUAUAUCAGCCAAAACCAUACUUUUACAGUAACUUUUGUUUUAGGUUAUGAGUGACAUUCCUUUUUUUUUUUUUUUUUUUUUUUUGUUAAAUAAUGCUUUACCAGUCUUGAAUUUCUGCCGGAACGAAAUAUUUGUAGCAUUUUGUGUAAAUACAAGCUUUAAUUUUUUUAUUUUUUCUCAAACGCUGUCACCGGAGGUUUGCUUUUCAUGCACAUAUUGUACAAACACAUUCUGCUUUAUGCCACAGACGAUGAUUGUGGAUCGGUUUACUUCAACUUCAAAGGGACUAUUUGUAUUGUAUGUUGCAACUGUAAAUUGAAUUGUUUGGCAUUUUCUCAUGAUUGUAAUAUUAAUUUGAAGUUUGAAUUUCAUUUUCAAUAAAAUGGCUUUUUUUUGUUAA